UGAUAGUUGGGAGAGGAUAUAGUGGGGAGAAGCUAGUUGGGAAAGGAGAUAGUACACUGGAAGGAACCGCCCUAGGAUGGCAUGCUUCAUCUGUGGCCAGGAGGGGCACUUCGCUAGAGACUGCCCUAAUAGACCGAAUGUACCAAAUAAUAGUAGUAAUAACAAUAAUAGUAACUAUAGGCCGUAUGCUGGGCUGAACUACCAGCAAAAGCAGGACGUCGCAGAUAUCGGUUGGAUUCGGGAUUUCUGUUCUUCACUGGCGAAAGAGAGGAAGGACAGGGAGAAUCGAGAACUAGCGAAGGAAGCGAGGAGAAUCGAUGCGGAACGCAAAAAACAAGAGGAGGAAGCACACCAGCUGAGGAAAGCCGAGAUGGAGAGGCAAGCGGGAAUUAGAGAUGCUAGGCUGAUGAGCGCGAUGACCUCGCAGCUCAAGACCAUGCACGACAAACUAGCUGGCCAAAUGGAGGCAUUACAAGGACGAAUGAAGGCACGUGACGAUCACCGGAACGAAGCAGAUAAGACGAGAGCUGCGAUCAUCGAUCUAGAGAAGGAACUGGCCAUGGACAGCCCGGAGCGAGAAACGGCGGAACUGAAAAAUAAAAUUGCGCAGUUGAGGAAACUGAAGGAAGAGAAGGAGAGAGAACGAGCGAGGAAGAGAGUGAGAGAGCAAGAGGAGGAAUGGGAGAGACAACAACGAGGGAGAGAAGAAGAUCUGAGAAGAUCGAGAGGAAAGACGAUGGCGGGGGGCAAUGAGCGAUGGGAGGAUCCUGACUGGAAAGAUGGAAACUACAUACCUGAAGAGGAUGGUGAGGAGCAAGAAAUGCGCCGGAACUUCGAGAAGCUACACCAACAACGGACCAGUAAGGGGAGCACCUCACAAGAGACUCUUCACUUUCAACAGCCAUCGUUCGGAAUACGGAUCGGGGAACCUGCCACACCUCGGAAGGUGCCGAGCUUACCACCGAAGACCCCAAGGAUGACAACAAGAUCUCAGACCAAAAGACGGCCGCAUUCGACGCUGAGGACCUGAUCGCCUGCUGGAAACGUCUCACUACGAACGGGGCGUUGAGCGACAUCUUUGAUUA